UACAUGCAAAAAUUUUAGUUUUAUCGAAUAAAAUUUUAUAUCCGUAUUCAUAAUUGUGUUCGGCAACAGCUAACGAGUUUGUCUUAGUCGUAAGGCUCUUUCGUGUUCUUUGAGCCUAGUUGAUAAUUUUGCUGUAAACUCCUGGCAUCUUAAAUGGAUUUUGACGUUAUAUUUCUUUAGAACUUUUGAUAUGUGGUCAGUGAUAUUUUGAAUGUAAGAAUGACAACAGUGGCAAGUGUGGGAUUGUUUUCGGUUUCAUUGCUAUUGAAAGGUUGUGGUGAAGCGUAUUUUGUGAUGGAACGCUUAAUAUGUUUUAAUAUGUUUAACGUGGAAAUUAUUAAAGAGAAGAGGGGAGGUAAGGUGUUUUAGUUCUGGGUUCAAUGACUCGGGCUCAGAUAGUUUGACGGCUCCGUAAUCAAGAGAGUUGAUAACCGACGAAUUUUGGGCCGGAUAGUGAUGUGACCAUGCAAUAAGGUGUCGGUCUGUGUGCGUACGUUUUCUGUAAACACAAUAACCCAAUGUUAGAUCUCAAGAAGCUGGAGAAUCAGAUGUCCUUCCGCGUUGUAAGAAGUUCCAAGUUUCGACACGUUUACGGCCAAGCACUCAAAAGGGAGCAAUGCUACGACAACAUUCGGGUAUCAAAAAGUUCGUGGGAUUCUACAUUUUGUGCCGUGAACCCAAAGUUUAUAGCGAUCAUUGUGGAGAGUGCGGGCGGGGGCGCCUUUAUAGUUUUACCACAAAGUAUUAAGGUGGGUCGUAUCGCGGCCGACCAUCCUCUGGUGGGCGGCCACAAGGGUCCCGUACUCGACAUAGCUUGGUGUCCGCACAAUGACAACGUCAUAGCCAGCGGAUCGGAAGAUUGCGUCGUCAAAGUGUGGCACAUACCGGAUGGAGGGCUGCACAAAACACUCACGGAACCUAUCGUCGAUCUCGUCUAUCACCAAAGAAGAGUGGGACUGGUCCUUUGGCAUCCCACCGCGCUGAACGUACUGCUAACCGCGGGUAGCGAUAAUCAGGUCGUCAUUUGGAACGUGGGCACGGGCGAGGCGCUGGUGGAAAUCGACUGUCAUCCGGACAUCGUGUACAGCGCCUGUUUCAAUUGGGACGGCUCGGAACUUCUCACAACUUGUAAGGACAAAAAAAUCAGGAUCCUCGAUCCUAGAACUGGAACCGUUAAGUCUGAAGCGAUAGCACACGAAGGUACAAAAGCAACGAGAGCGAUAUUUUUAAGGCACGGUCUCGUAUUUACGACGGGCUUCUCGAAGAUGUCAGAGAGGCAGUACAGUUUGCGGACGCCCGACUCGCUCGACGAGCCCAUCGUCAUGGUCGAGCUGGACACAUCGAACGGUGUCAUGUUCCCAUUGUACGAUCCCGACACCAACCUGAUUUAUUUAUGUGGAAAAGGCGAUUCCGUCAUAAGGUAUUUCGAAAUUACCGCGGAGCCGCCGUUCGUGCACUACAUUAACACCUUCCAAACUCCUGACCCGCAGAGGGGCAUCGGUAUGAUGCCGAAACGAGGCUGUGACGUAACCUCAUGCGAAAUCGCUAGGUUUUAUAGGUUAAACAACUCAGGUUUAUGUCAGGCAAUAACCAUGACGGUGCCGCGUAAGUCGGAACUUUUCCAAGAGGAUUUGUAUCCGGACACGCUAGGUGACACCGCGGCCAUGACGGCGGACGAGUGGGUGGGGGGCAGGGACGCGGAACCCAUACUCAUUUCGCUCAAAGAUGGCUACAAACCGCCCGAAUCGAAGGCCGCCAUAUCCGUGUCGAAACGGAGCAACGUGUUGGAUAAGAUGCCCCCGAAGGGCGGUAAAGGGGGCGGAGCCGGCGGAGGAUCACCAGUAUCGGACAAGACGCUUCAAGAGUUCGCCGACGAAAUUCGCAAGCUCAAGGCGAUGAUCGUGAAACACGAGAACCGGAUCAGGGCUCUGGAGGCGGAAGUAGCCCAGAGCAAGGCGGCGAGCGUGGCGGCGGCGGCGACCAACGCCGACGACGAGGGAGCUGGCGGCGACGGUUUAAACGCCCCGCCUCCCAUGGGGUCGGACGAGGUGUGAAACCGAGUCGGACCGUCGAAAGGUAGCGGUCCUCGUCGCUUGUGCUCAAAAACUAACGUCGUAGAGGUAUUACGCCACAGAUUCAAAAAAAAUUACCCGUUCGAGCGCAUCGCCGCUUCUCUGUACUUAGCCUUUAAGCCGCGUGCCAUCCUUAUUUAUUCGACAAUUUUUGUUUUGGUACAAAUCUAAUAAACCCUUAAGGUACUACCACAGAAUAGGCAAACGAUCGGAAAGCCGACUGUCCAUACAAUCCGUGUAUUAAAUGCAUUUUUAGGUAAGGUCAGGAGCGUGUCUCAAAAUUGACAAAAAUUAUUUAGUACUAUUUCAAUCUCAUAUUUCAAUUAAAAGUUCUUGCCGAGGCUGAUUCUGAUUAAGAAGUCAAUACUUUACUACUAUCAUUUUUCAUCGAAGCGUUUAUUAAAAUAAAAAUCUAGGUGAAAUAAAACUAUAAAGGGGUCAUUCAGAAAAUAAUGAGAAUUUGCCCUUGGGGAAACACGAUUUCUGUUUGCUUAUCUAUUCUGUGGUUAGAACACUGUUCUCUCUCAGUGGCAUUUCGUAACGACCAGCGUCACAAACCGCGCCACUGCUCUCUAUUAAUUGACUAGUGCUACAACGAAUCAAGUGCCCUUAUUAUUAUUAAGUUUGCUGCUAACAUUGGUUACAAGAAGAUUGUUUUAUGUGUGUAAGUCCCUGCCAAUUAAUUUUAAUGUAAUUUGAAGUCAGAAAUGUAUGAACAAAUUUUGCGGCAACUCACAGCGAGUGUGUUACUUUUAACCAAUUGUCAACUUCAAUUUUGUUUUAUACCUGAAACAGCGUCUCGAAUCUCGAUUUUUUUUUAACUAUUAACAUUGACUAUUUUGUUUUUACUGCAAACAAAAUGUAAUGUUCAGGGUGGUCGUAAAAUAAGUUGUAUUUGUUACGUACUGGAUUUUCGAGCGCUUUCAAUUUCCACUGUGCUAAAUGCAGUGGCGAAUUUUUCUCUAAUUCUCCGUUUCUGCGCAAAUGAGUACGACUUUCUCAAUUAACGCCAUCACAGAGAGACUUUAAGUAUUAAGCUUGGAAAUGCUAAUGUCAAAAAAUACAGAUUAAAGAAUUAUUUAUGUUUAUUUUAAUGGUUUUAAUUUUCAUUUUAAUAUUCAAAAUUUUGACAAAAUUUUAAUGUAAUAAAUGAAGUACAAGAAUUAAGUUUGACAAUAGGUGGCGUUUAAUAUAUACGUUUAGUAAUUUGGAUAUAUUUUAAAUUGUUUAAGUUGUAAGUUUGGCCACUUAUAUACUAAGGGCGACUGAUAAAGUGUAAAAGUCUUCACUUGAAUUUAACAGCUACAUGCACGGCCUACUUAUUUAUAAUUAAACCAGAAACGCCUUAUAUUUCCGCUAUUUAUCAUAACAGAUAACAACAACCAUAAAUUAUUGAAAAGGACUCGUUAGGGAUGUGGAUUAGGGGGCUUCAAAAAAAUUUUUUAUUUUUUUUAGCUCUUACCCUCUCAAAAGUUUCUUUUUGAUGUAAAACAAAAUCCUCGCCAAAGAUGAGCCCCGGAGCUCAACUCGAAGGGGUCGCUAUUUUUAUUUUAUUUUCAGAUUUAAUUAACAUGGGAAAAAUUCUUUUUUCGCUAAAAUUAAAUUUACUUGUAAUGUUCGCGAUUUAAAAAAAAACAAUUUAUAUUGUUAAAGUUGAGUCUUUAAGCUUUCCAAAACCGUGGAACACAGCAUGAUUAUCAUUAAAAGAAGAUUAAUUACAGCAAUUUAAAAAUUACUAAAUUUUGAACUUUUCAGAAAUAGCUUCUAAUAAUUUUGGAUGAAGUGAUUCGUGAUGUUAUGAAAGUUUGGAAACCUACUGGUAUUCCCGUCUGUCAACCAUAUAACGUUAUUACUAAAAUCAUGAAUAUCACAAUAUAAAUUGUUGUAAAUUUAAUUUUAGUGAAAAAACAAUUUUUCCCAUGUUAAUUAAAUCUGAAACUAAAGUAAAAAUAGCGACCUCUUAGAGUUUUGCUACGGGGCUCAUCUUUGGUGAGGAUUUUUUUUAUAUCAAAAAGAAACAUUUGAGAGGGUAAGAGCUAAAAAAAAAGUUUUUUUUGAAGCACCCUAAUGUGGAUAUUUGUGAGAUAUUGGAGGAUUAUAGAAAAUAUUUGAGCAUGCCACUGAGGUUGACACAAAAAAGUACACCAAUGAUGUUUUGAUCCAAUUGGGACCACCCUGCAUAACAUAUUGUUAUGAUCAAUUAAAUUCUAAUUUGUAUUUUAAAGAUGCAACAAAAAAAUUGUACUCUCGUAACAUUUUGAUAUUCUAAAUUUUAAUAUCAAUCAUGAUUAUUAAUCUCUAAUAUGGGGAAUUUCGCAUUGUCUGUCAACGAGUGAGUCAUUUCACUCUUUCAAGAAAAGUAAAUGUAAAAGUUGCGAUAUGUUACAUGUCAGAGCGUUCCUAAUUUUGAUAUUUCCAAAAUGCAAAAUAUUCAAAACAUCUUGUUGAAACUACAUUUUAAAGGAUUUUAUCAGCAAAUUAUGUUAAAGUGAAAUUAUUUUUUUACCUUUUUUUAAAGCUCCGGAAUUUUGGUCAUUUUUGACACAAAAAUUUUUAGAUAACAGGUGUUUUAGGCGAUUUUAUCGCACAAAUUUUUGCUAAGCUUAAAUUUUAUUGUUAUUAAUUAUUUACUUAAAAAAAAACUUAUAUGAUGCACACUUUUAGCGAGACGCUGUGUAUCUCUAUCUAAUGAUGAACUUAAUAUUUAUGACUUUGUGUAUUUCAGAUUCAUUCCCGGUUAAAUAUAUUUGUCCCAAAAUAUUCCAUAAAUGGGAUACAUAAGCCUGUUUCUCUACCCUUUAAGAUCUGGAUCAUUCUCGACCACUGACUCCGUGGUAUAAAUUUCAUUAUCUCUAAAGGUGUGGUAAUAUUUUUGUCUACCAUUUACAUCAUAUUUUUUUUCAUCUUACUGUACCUUAUCUCAUAUCUGUGAUAGGAUAUGGGCCACAGUUUGACAUGUUUGAUAGAUUUUUUCCGUUACCCCUAUGUGAAAAACUUCUCUGUAAAGCAAGUAAUAAGUAGUUUAAUUUGUCUUCUGCAUUUUACAGCUUUUCAAAUUCGUUGAAUAAUUCGGUAGGAUUAUCUCUCGCCUUGAUUUCAAAAUCUAAUAACACUCAUUUACAUAAUAAAUUCUCAAUUUGUUUUUCAUAAUUGGUCCUUCACUUCCUGUUUAUUUUGUAAAUAACAAAAAUGGGGUUAAGUCCAACUCAAAUUUCUCAAAUGUCAAUUGUGGGCAACUUGAAAAUUGGUUAAGCGUGUUUUAAAAUUGAGAACACCUUUACGAUCUAAAAUUACGAAUUAAAUAAAUAUGGGAAGUUUCACUUAGAUUUUAAAACAUUCAUCUUUCGAAUCUUUUUCCAGGUAAUGAAAUUUUGCUCACUACCGGAUACUUUCCGCCAUUUUUGCGUCCUCUGUAUUCUACGUUUCUAGUCCGCGUCCCAUUCUUGGAAUUCGGCGUCACUUCAAAUUACUUUAAAUGCUAAUAAACGCAACAAUACGCUACAUAUAACUUAUGUGUGUGAUUUUUGUCUUUAAGUAUUUUUACUGUUGAAUAUAUUUAUAUAGUUUAUAUUUUCCAAAUGGAAUUUUUGAUAAUCAGUUGCGAAAUGUACAAUCUACCUAGUAAUCCCUCCAAACGAUAUUUUUAUAGCGUGUGUGAAUAAAUACCAAAAUUAAGGAAUUCUAUUUUUCUCCUGCCAAUAUAAGUAAGUCUAAAUGUUUCGCCAAAUAAUUUAUAGCCUUAUCCAAUGACUGACUGAUAUAACUUUUCCAAACCAAAAAGUAUAUUACACGUGUUAGAUAAGUACACUUUUGGCUGUUCAUUACUCCCCCAGGCAAACGGCUAUAAGUCCGGUCAAUAUUAGGGUUGAAGUUUCGAGGGUUAUCGUUAUAGUUUCGUUAAAUCGAGCCCUCCUGGAUCUAGUCACAAGUUUUACGUUAUAUGAAGUACACCGAGCCGUUUGCUCUGCAACUAACCCAGGUGUGAAAAUAACUCCGCCAUUUAAUUCAAUUAAUUAAAUUAUUCAAUUUCAGAUAUUGCAAUUAGGUUAAAUUUUAUCAAAAGUUCCAUCAACAACAGUUUGUGGACUGCAAUACUUAAUAACAACGAAUAAUAUUGUAUAUAAAUGUAUAAAUAUUAUAAUAUGCAUUUUUUGAAGCUAAUAAUUGUGUAUUGUUAGUAUUUUUACAAAUAUAUUGAGAAGAAAACUUUUCUACUUUACCCUGGUCCGAAUCUAUGCCAAACUGUUCGAUUUAAUCAGGAAAUUAUACAAAAUUGUAAUAUUCUGGUUACAUAAAACGACCCCUCCCAUAAUUCAUUCAAAAUAUGCGGUAAUAAAAUACAUA